AUGACGUUGUCCGGUGCAGGUGACUGUGGCAGAAACAAUAUCCAUUUCAUCUUCUGUGGGAGAAAUGUAACAUUGGAAUCUGAGUUUGUUUUAUUGGGUUUUUCUUUUCAUGCCAGAUUUUGCCAUCCCCUUUUUCUUCUUCUUCUUAAUCCUAGUAUUAUACGUUUUCUCUAUGGCAACCUUCUCAUCCAGAUUCUAGUCUUCUCAGAUCAGCAACUACAAAGCCCCAUGUUUUUAUUUCUAAGUAAUUUGUUCAUUUUGGAUAUUUGUUUUAUCAACACCACAGUCCCUAAAAUGCUUCAAGGUUUCCUGCCUGGUGGAAAGUCCAUCUCACUGUUGGCUUGCUUUGUGCAGUCUUAUACUUUCUUCUUUGUAGGGGUAUCAACCUUCUUUCUCUUGGCCAUUAUGUCAUUUGACCGUUAUGUUGCCAUUUGCCACCCUUUACAUUACCCAGCCAUCAUGCCCCAAAACCUGUGCAUUAAGCUCAUUGCAAGUGUAUUUAUUUUGGCUUUUUUUGUUGUACUUACUCCAUCCAUCAGGAUACUGAAACUUCCCUUUUGUUCCAAUCUUGUGAACCAUUUCUUCUGUGAUGUCAGCCUAUUGUUAAUGAAUUCUUGCAUCAACACAAGCUCAAUUCAGCUGCAGGAAAUUGUUGCUUCUUCCAUUACACUUAUUAGUUAUCUGCUAGUCACUCUCAUCGCCUAUGUAUAUAUAGUGAAGACGAUUUUAAAUAUUCCAUCUAUAGAGGGAAGGAAAAAAAAAGGUUCUCCACAUGCUCUUCCCAUGCUCUGGUAG